GCACCCCCGCCAAUCCAAGAUGUCUGCAACGCAAAAGCUGAACCAGCACCCUGCAUUUGUGCAGGCACAGGACAAGGCCAGCUACUACAUCCACCAGCUGGACAAGGAGCUGUCAAAACAUUCGGUCUUCAAUACCUUUGAACAGCGCACCCAGGUGCCUAAGAGUUACGCCUUCAUUGGCGGUGUGAUCGUUCUCGCGAUCCUGCUCUUGAUCAACGCCUUUGCGGCGCCGGUCUCCAACCUCAUCGGCUGGGCGCUCCCCGCGUACCUCUCUGUCAAGGCGCUUGAGUCGCCCGGUCACCAGGAUGACAUCCAAUGGCUGACGUACUGGAUUGUGUUCGGCUUCUUCAACUUCCUCGAGAGCUUUGCCCUCCGCAUCGUGCUCUACUACGUCCCCUGGUAUUUCGUUUUCAAGACUAUCUUCAUCCUCUGGCUGCAGCUCCCUGCAUUCCGCGGCGCGCAAUCACUGUACGGAACGGUGGUGAGGCCCGUGUUUGUGAAUGUGCAUCACAAGACGAAUCAGGUGACCACGACUGCGCCCGAGACGACCGUCACUGCCGAUGGCCUGCGCGAUCGCGUUGCGGAAGCAACGGAGUAAGGAGGAUGAAAUACCGUCCGCUUGCAUAUGGUAGUCCGCAUCUGUAGACCUGUGUUAUGAAUCUCCUCACUC